UCACUUCCAGUUCUCAACUCCUCAAGCCAAUUACCUUCAAAUCCUGAGGAAGACGUCUCCUGUAUCCUGGAUCUGGAAGCUGAUAAAUCGACUUCCACAGCUUCCGAAGAAUCCAUCUCGCCUAUCACAUCGAUUUCGGAAGUUUAUUCUUGUACAGAUGGUCACACCAGUUCUGGACCCGAUGGUCCAACUAGCCUGAGUCAUGGUGCUUUGCCGCCCUACUCCCAUGUGGUCAGUGAACGCGAGUGGAGCCGGCUACAGCUUGAGUUGCAAACUGCUAGGAGACGACUUGCUGGUUCUUGCGAGAUGUGCCGUAACUACGAAGAUCAAUUGCAAUCUCUGCAAGCCAUUCAUGCGGUAUACUCACAGUGA